AUGAGAGGUUUUCCAGUGGCCUUGCUGGCCCUUGCGUGUGUUGCAGUUGGUGCAUCUUCUUCCAGCCAGCGGUUCGUUCGUGAGGCGUGGUUCGAAACACGCGUCGAUCACUUCAAUCCACGCAAUCAGGACACGUUUGGGAUGCGUUUUUAUGUCAACGAUGAGCACGCGUACGCUCGAGGUCCAAUCUUUAUCGUGGUAGGUGCCGCCGGACCCGUCCAGACGCGUUGGAUCACGGAAGGACUGUUCUACGACACCGCAUAUCUUGAGGGUGCUUAUCUCUUCGCGAAUGAACACCGUUACUUCGGUUACAGUCUGCCGGUGGAAGACGCUUCUACCGAAAAUCUGGACUUCCUGAAUGUCGAUCAGGCAUUGGCGGAUUUGGCCGAAUGGAUCACUUACCUCCGUAACACCUUCGUGGGUAAUCCAACCGCGAAAGUCAUCCUGAUGGGCACGGCAUACGGUGGAGCCCUUGCUACCUGGUUCCGCCAGAAGUACCCACAUCUAGUCAACGGAGUUUGGAUAUCGAGUGGUGCAAUUGAGGCGGACUUCGCAUUUACACGCUACAACGAGGCACUUGGUGAGAGCAUCCGGCAGUAUGGAAGUGACGAAUGCUACAGUACUAUUUGGUCCGGGUUCCGUGUGGCACAAAACAUGGCCAACGUCGGGCUAACGGACGUACUAUCGCGCGAAUUCCACCUAUGUGAACCGCUCGACCCAGAAAACGAACUGGACACGCAUGCGUUCCUGCUCGGAUUGCGCGAAGACAUCGAGUUUGAGAUGUUGCACCUACGGAACAUCAACUCAAUCCGUGAGAUGUGCGAGGAACUGGUUCAGGAGCGACCUAGCAGCUUGAACGCACUGAUCGAUUGGUUCGCACGCGAACAUCAAUACGAACAGUGUGUGCACAUGAACUUCGACAGCUUCAUGGAGCCGUACCUUGAGACGGACUUUAACACCGAGAAUCUGCAGUCUGGCCACCGGCAACGACUCUUCUUGCAGUGCACCGUGGAGGGCUUGUUCCCGACAACCUCACAGUCGGAGGAGCAACCGUUUGGAAACCUCGUUGGGACGCAGUUCUUUGCGGAGGUGUGCCAGCGUGCGUUCGGUUCUUGGCUGACAGAGGACCUCAUCGAGCGGCAGUUACGAUCGACUAACGCACGAUUCGGUGGACUUGAACCCGCUAUUGAGAGGGCCCAUUUCACUAAUGGUGGUGUUGAUCCGUACCGUGUUGGUAGCCCGCUUGAGGAUCUGAACGUGAAGGCUCCUGCGACGGUUAUCCCGGGUACGUUUGUGUCACCGGAUCUUGACUCGAUUGACUACGAGUACGACUCGCCGGAGCUGAUCGCUGCUAAGGAGCGCACGCGGACGCUCAUCGACACGUGGAUUUUUGAGGACUUCGAGCCGAUUGCCGUGUGA